GGGACCGCCUAUAAAGGCAGCGUGGCGGGCUGCCCUAGCGCGAGUGCCAGAGCCGAGCCGCACCGAGCGACAGCGCCGUGCUGGCUGAGGUCUCCGAGAGGCUCGCCAUGGCUGGCCCCCAGCAGCAGCCCCCUUACCUGCACCUGGCCGAGCUGACAGCGUCCCAGUUUCUGGAAAUCUGGAAGCACUUUGACGCAGACGGAAAUGGGUAUAUAGAAGGUAAAGAACUAGAAAACUUUUUUCAAGAACUGGAGAAGGCAAGAAAAGGCUCUGGCAUGACGUCAAAGAGUGACAACCUUGGGGAAAAGAUGAAGGAGUUCAUGCAGAAGUACGACAAGAACUCGGAUGGGAAGAUCGAGAUGGCGGAGCUGGCACAGAUCCUGCCGACAGAAGAGAACUUCCUUCUGUGCUUCCGGCAGCACGUGGGCUCCAGCGCAGAGUUCAUGGAGGCAUGGCGAAAAUACGACACAGACAGGAGUGGCUACAUCGAGGCCAACGAGCUCAAGGGAUUCCUGUCUGACCUGCUGAAGAAGGCCAACCGGCCGUAUGAUGAGCCUAAGCUCCAGGAAUAUACCCAAACCAUACUGCGGAUGUUCGACUUAAAUGGGGAUGGCAAAUUGGGCCUCUCGGAGAUGUCUCGACUCUUGCCUGUACAGGAAAACUUCCUACUUAAAUUUCAGGGCAUGAAGCUGACCUCAGAAGAGUUCAAUGCCAUCUUCACAUUUUAUGACAAGGAUGGAAGUGGCUACAUUGAUGAGAAUGAACUGGAUGCCCUUUUGAAGGAUCUCUACGAGAAGAACAAGAAGGAAAUGAACAUCCAGCAGCUCACCAACUACAGAAAGAGUGUCAUGUCCUUGGCCGAGGCAGGCAAGCUCUACCGAAAGGACCUGGAGAUUGUGCUGUGCAGCGAGCCUCCCAUGUAAAAAGGGGGACACGGGUUCCUCUACCACCCCAAACCCUGCCCCUGCAGCCCUCAUAGUUCUCCCCAGACUCAGAGAUCAUGGGUGCCCCUCCCACCUCCCCUGCAACCUGAUCACCAGCCUGCAGAGCAGGAAAGAGGAGAUGGAGGGUAGGCUGGGGAUAUGGCUCAGUGGCACAGCGCCUGUCUGGCAAGCAUAAGGUCCUGAGUUCAAUUUCUGAUAACAAAAGAAGAAGAAGAGAUUGAGGGUAGGCGGCUUAGGGGCCUCCUUCAAGCCUGCCUCUAACCAGCACUGACCAGGCACACUACUCUGCCCGCCAUGGGUUACCAGCUGCGUGGAAGGUGGGUGGGAACGUGGGCGGAGCUUCCCUGUUCUCUCUGCUGUGAUGCAUGAGCUCAUCCACUGUAGGAUUUAGGCUUUGACGUCCAACAGCGUAGACUCCUCCCCAUCGCUGCCCCCUGCCUGGCCCCAUCCCAGCUCCCGUCCACCACCUCGCUAAUGGUGUAGCUGUCUUCUCGGAGUUCUGUUGUGCAAGGUACCCCUCCUCUCCUUGCCUUCUGUACACAGUGUGCUCCUUUUCUCUUCGGGGUUCCUGUCUUCUUGUUUACCAAAGAAGAGUUUACAGACAAUAAAGUGGAAACAUUCUGCUGUG